AAAAAAAAACAGUUGUCUUGAAACACAAAAAAAUCAUAUCAGCUGAUUUAUUUCUCAUGAUUCUAUUAGAUUUAAAUGCGAGAUGAUUGAUAUGAAAGCAUAAAAUAUGAUCGAAUGUUGAUGUGUGCUAUUGCUUCUCAUAUCAAGAAUUACCGCUGACAAAUUUCCACCGCUCGAUUUGUACAUAGGUACAAGUGUUAAUUUUUUAGGUACAGCAAAUUUACCUCUGGGUGCAUAGACUCUAUACGGUACAGUUCGUGUCGGUCCUGAUACAAUAAUUUAGAAGAUACUUCAGUAUUACUUAAUCGUUAUGCUGAUUAUCAUUAUACGGAUACGUACAUAAAUAUUUUUUCGCAUACGCAUGUGUUUGAUGCGGGAAUUGUAGAUUACGGUAAUGUUGGUGUCUUUCCAAUUCAAGUUGACAAUGAUGAUAAUUUACAACAUAUGAUAGCGAAAAGGCAUGGCUAUCGAAGUACAUUUAAAAAUGAAAGUGAACGAAUUGAGCCCGGUUUUUAUCAAGUAUAUCUCGACACACAUAAAGUCAAAGUUGAAUUAACUGCUACUGAACAAGUCGGUGUUCAUCGAUAUUCAUUUGAUAAUGUCAACGAAAAACAUUGUAUGAUAUUGAUUGAUAGUAGUUAUGCACUACCUCUAGAUGGUUGCAGACAGAGUCAUGUGAAUGUUGAUCCAAACAAGAAUGAAAUUACUGGUUCAAUUUUCUUUAAAGGAUUUCUCUCGAGAGCUUUUGGCGGUGUAACAACAUAUUUUGUCAUUACAUUUACGAAUUGGAUAGAUUUCGGCGUUUGGACACAAGGUCGUCUGAUGAAUAGACAAACAACGGCUGAUGGAUGUUCAUCAGGUGUCUAUGUUAUGCUACUUGCUAAUCAACAACAGGUAACAGUUUAUGUUGGUAUUAGUUUUGUAUCAAUUGAACAGGUACGUAUCAAUUUACAAAUGCAAACAAAACUAGAAUCAUUUGAUUCUAUUCGUGAAUUUAUACAACAAAAAUGGCUCAAUGAAGUGUCUCGAUUCGAGCGCUUGUUCUCCGAAUAUAUGGAUCAUAUCUAUACUGAUUUAUCCAUAUGGGACAUUUUUCGAACACAAGUACCAUUUCUCAUUUUACAUGAUUCCAAACGAGCUAAUGAUAUCGUUCAUUCGAUUAUGCUCAUUGUUGAACAAGGUGGUUAUUUACCUAAAUGGCCACUUGCGAAUAGAUAUACAAAUUGUAUGAUUGGUUCACAUGUCGAUAUUAUAUUAAGUAAUUUGAUUAUGAAACAUGAACAUGAUCUUUAUUUUAAUAUGACUCACGUUUUAGAAGCAUUACGAAUCGUAGCCAAUAAAGUACAAAAACAUGAUAGCCGUUUUGAUCCACCAACAUAUAUCAAAUAUCAAUAUGUACCUUUUGAUAUGGAUGAAUAUUCGGCAUCACUUAUACUUAGCUACGCGUAUGAUGAUUGGGCUAUUGGUAAUAUCAUGUAUACUGCAGGUCUUAUAGAUGAAGCUCAAGAGUAUUAUAAUCGAUCUCAAUGGUUUGAGAAUAUAUUUGAAAAUACAAAAAAAAAUUUCUGUCCACGAAAUAGUACUGGUAAUAUUCUUUGUCCAUCAAGUGAAAUUGAAUAUUUGAUUCCAUUCGACUAUCGUUAUACGGAAGGUGAUGCAUGGCAUUAUCGUUUCUUUGUACCACAUAAUACACCGCGUCUUGUUGAUUUAUUUGGUGGUCCAAAAUUUUUUGCUCAAGAACUUGAUACAUUCUUUAUUCAUAGUCGAGAAUAG